CUGAUCUCUGUUGUGUUGUGCCCGCGCGACGUCACCGCCAGAAGCUGCAGUCACCAUCAUAGAUAUUUUUCCAGGAGAAACUGAAGGUGAAACUUCGCCAGAAACUAUUUUAAGACGUAGUCAAGACGUAGGCUAAACAAAAACAGGCUAACCGUGUGAUAUUCUGUCUCCUAAAUGUCGCUCACUGCUUUCUAAGCCUUUCUCCUCACCUGUUUGUUCGUCUGCGUGUGCAGAUUUCGUCGCUUCCUGUUACAGUCAAAUCAAAACCGAUAGCAAAAGAACUCCUCUGCAAACAUGGCUCCAACAUUGUUUGAUGAAAAGCCAAAUCCUGGGGAUCUAAUAGAAAUCUUUCGUGGUUCUUACCAGCACUGGGCAAUCUAUGUUGGCGAUGGCUCUGUGGUUCAUCUGGCUCCACCCUCUGAGAUUACAGGUGCAGGUGUCGACAGUAUGAUGUCUGUCUUGGCGGAGAAAGCUAUUGUAAAGGAGGAGGAGUUCUGGGAUGUCAUAGGAACAAACAAGUGGAUCAUCAACAACAUCUUGGACGAGAAAUACACCCCUCGUCCGGCUGACGUCAUUGUCCGAGAGGCACGGAGACGAGUGGGGAAUGAAAUUCCUUACUGCGUGUUCAGAGGAAACUGUGAGCACUUUGUCACUCAGUUGCGUUAUGGCCAGCCUGAGUCCCGACAGGUUCGCAAGGCUGGUGAAACUGCCCUGCUUGUUGGUCUGGCAGGAGCAAUUGGAUUAGGCUUUGUGGCUUUGGCAGGGGCGUUUCUUGGAGGAAACAAAAAGGAAAAGGAAAAGGAAAAUAACACACAGUAAUGCAGUCAUAACCCAGGCUUUCAUUAAAAGGCCACCUGCACAAUAAGUUUUAGGCCAGCUAAACACAACUGCCAUUGACAUCACGAGGCACAAACGAUCUCCGUUUCCUAUUAACAGCACACAACAUACAUACAGCAUCUCUGGUGCCAAUAUGAAUAGUCAUUUUUACAUUUUAAUACAUGCAACCUGUCAAAAAUGUGUUAAAAUUAUAUUAAUAUAGAAUAUUUGUAGUUUGUUGAACAUGUAUUUAAUACCUAUUGAUAAAAAAAAAUUUUGCUCAAAUGUCUUGAAUAUACUCCAUUUGUUCUGUAGCUUUGUUUCAUUGAUGAGGAAUGAUUUUGUAAGUUUCUCAAUUUACAAAAAUGAAGGCAAUAAAUACAGUUAUAAAAACUAUGGAUCUCAGGUCGAUCUGCAGUCUCUAACAAACAUUAAACUUGGUGAAAGAAAGCCCCUAGGUGUAACUGAUGCUUAUUCUCUUAAUGGUAACUCUUAAUUAUGUAGAAAAAAGGCAUGGAACUUAAAGG